AUAAAUAUUCCAUCGAUGCUUUUUAAGCUAGGUACUGUGCCCAAACAAACGCUCACCGGCAAAGAAAUCGAGAUUGAUAUUGAGCCCACAGACAAGGUGGAAAGGAUUAAAGAAAGAGUAGAGGAGAAAGAAGGGAUUCCACCUCAGCAACAGAGACUCAUCUACAGUGGGAAACAAAUGAAUGAUGAGAAGACCGCUGCGGACUACAAGAUCCAGGGGGGCUCUGUGCUCCACUUGGUUCUGGCACUAAGGGGCGGGGCCUCAUAAACCCGUGGCACCUAGCUCCGCCCCUUCCCUGCUGGUCAGAGUUUCCACCGUACUUUGGGCCCUGGUGUCUGUCUGUGGUGCCAAAAUCUUCCAUGUGACACCGGUUUCUGAUCGCCAAGCUCACGCGUGUAGAGACGUGCGUAGAGUAUGUUGAAAUUUCCAGAAUGUUUUUUUAAAUUUUAUUUUAUGCUUUAGCCCUUUUGUUCCCUGCUGCCCCCAGCAGGGACAGAAUCAUGGUUCCACAGAUCUUUAUGUCCCUGGGAUAGACAGGGAGAGCACGGCCCCGUGCGUGGGCUAUAAAGAUCGGUGGACGUUGGUCACGCGUUUCUGAGCACCCGCGAACGCACCGCCAUUUGGAGACCGCCGAUUGAUUGCUUCAUCAAUAAAAUGUGAGGUGUGCUGUUGCUCUGUGUCUGUGUUUUCAGUGUAAGUCAUCAGGGUGUGUGUGUGUGUCCAGCAUGCCUAAGGAGACUGCUUUUCCUGAAAAUCUCAGGAGUGUAUAGUUCUCUAAGUUUGCCUUGUAUCAUUUUAGUGGUAGUUUCCUGUGGACAGUGGUUGCUUCCUGUUGGCAGUGGUUGCUUCCUGUGAUCGGUGGUAGUUGCCUGUGGACAGUGGUUGCUUCCUGUGAACGUUGUGUCUCCUCCACUUUGUUAGUCUUCCUUAAAGCAGUCUGCUCUUUUCAAUCAACUUUUAUUUAAAAAAUAAAACAACCCAAACCAACCAAAACAAAUCAACACAGCAAGGAUUAAUUCUCAAUACAACAUAUUUGUUCCCCCCCCCCCCCGCCCCCAAACAUUUUGUGCCACAGUAUAAGUAGUGUCCCCUCUCGUCACCCUUUCAGUGGUGUAUGAGCAGCAGACGCCCCCGUACAGAAUGAGAAGUGUACAAUAUGAGUUUCAGCCAACUGUACAGCUGUGGAUUGUGCGUCCUGAGCAGGGAAGGGCUCUACAGUGCUCCCAUUUUAGGAGCGAUCGCUCCUGAAGUUUGAAGUGUGCUAACUGUGCUAAAAAUCAUUUAGGGGCACAUCUGCUAAUCGGGAUGCAUUGGUGGACUCCCACAUUUUUCAACACAAGAGCACACAUGCUCCUUUUUUUGGGGGGG